UCCUUUUAUUUCGUUUGUCAUUAGCUGAACGGUGUAGUAAGAAAAGUGCUUAAAUUACUAGAAAAAGUUCAUUUAUUUCGUGAAAUUAAGUGAAAAUAACAACAAUGGGUGAGACUAUAAAUACUAGUCAACAGUUUCCGCACUUCGAAAAGCCAACAGUGCAAUUUAAUGAAAAUGGCUGGGGUCCAUGUGAAUUGCCGGAGACUUUUCGCGAUAUGCCAUACCAACCGUUCAGCAAAAGCGAUCGCCUAGGGAAGAUUUGUGAUUGGACCAGCAGCUCUAAUAACGACAAGAAAUAUCAAAAUAAGUAUGCCUCGUCCUUCGGUACUGGCAAUCAAUAUGCUUAUUAUCAUGAGGAAGAUGAGACUACUUUCCAUCUCGUCGAUACGGCUCGCGUACAGAAGCCACCUCAUCAACGUGGACGCUUCCGUUCGAACAUGCGCAACAACAGGUCCGCCCGUGGUCGCAAUCAACGUGGUGGAUUGAAUUCUGGUAUGACUACUUUGGGUGGCAAAAAUGUCAAAGCCCGCGAUCCUCGCCGUGGUAUGGGUAAAAAGUUCGGAUCGCGUGGUGUGCCACCUAAGAUUCGUGAAUCAUCUGUUGCUGUCCGUUCAGACUGGACCUCAAUUGAAGAAAUGGACUUCCCACGUCUGACGAAACUUUCGCUGCCAAACAUCAAAGAGGGUGAGGACAUAAUAACUUGCGGUACUCUUGAAUACUAUGACAAAACUUAUGACCGCAUCAAUGUGAAGAAUGAGAAGGCGCUGCAGAAAAUUGAUCGCAUUGUUCAUACUGUCACAACUACCGAUGAUCCCGUUAUUCGCCGUCUUUCCAAAACUGUGGGCAACGUUUUUGCUACCGAUGCUAUUUUGGCCACCAUUAUGUGUUCCACACGAUCGAACUACUCUUGGGAUAUUGUUAUUGAGAAGUUUGGUGAUAAAAUCUUCAUGGAUAAGCGUGACAACACUGAGUUUGAUUUGUUGACCGUCAAUGAAACGUCUGUUGAACCACCAACUGACGACGAUAGCUCUCCAAAUUCACCACGAAACUUGGCAAUCGAAGCAACAUUCAUUAACCAUAACUUCAGUCAACAAGUGUUGAAAACCGGCGACAAGGAACCUAAGUAUAAGUUCCAAGAAGCCAAUCCGUUCAUAACUGAGGAUGAAGAUGUUGAAGUUGCCAGUGUUGGCUACCGUUAUAAGAAGUGGAACUUGGGCAGUGACAUUGUUUUAGUUGCUCGUUGUGAGCACGAUGGUGUAUUGCAAUCACCAAAUGGAGAACCUCAAUUCUUAUCGAUCAAAGCAUUAAACGAAUGGGACUCAAAAUUGGCGAAUGGAGUUGAAUGGCGUCAGAAAUUGGAUACCCAACGCGGCGCUGUAUUGGCAAACGAAUUGCGUAAUAAUGCGUGCAAACUAGCCAAAUGGACUGUACAAGCUGUGCUUGCCGGUUCCGAUCAAUUGAAGCUAGGUUAUGUUUCCCGUAGUAAUCCACGUGAUCCCUCACGACAUGUCAUACUGGGAACUCAACAAUUUAAACCACAUGAAUUUGCCACACAAAUUAAUUUGAGCAUGGAUAAUGCCUGGGGUGUUCUACGCUGCAUUAUCGAUAUUGUAAUGAAACAGAAGGAUGGCAAAUAUCUGAUUAUGAAGGAUCCCAACAAGCCCAUGAUCCGUUUGUACGAUAUUCCAGACAACACCUUCGAUAGCGAAGAUUCCGAUGAUGGCGAGGGAGAUGAUGGUGAAGCUUUUCAACCAGUUUACACAUACGGCAACAACAAGAGAAUUUAAAUUUAAAACAGCGAAAGUAAAUUAAUUUUAUGUGUAUGAAAUUGGAAUCUGCAAUUCGAUUGUUUAUUUUUUGAUAAGAGAAAAGCCAGCACCUAGAUUGCAAAACCAAAAUUUUUUUAUAUAAAAAAAAUAUUUACAUUGAAUUGUUAAUCAUAGUUAUUUGUAGUGACUAAAGACAGACAACUCGUACAUAUUUGUAUAAUCGAUAACUCAAGCAGCCCAGAUUCAAAAUACAUUAAAAGUAUCUUAAACAACUAUAAUGAUUAUUCCACAAUAUAAUAAAAAUAACGGCCUAUCCUUGGUACUAUUAAA